AUGACUCGGGACGGACCGGAGAAGCAGUUUGCCUUGCUUAUCUUGGAGAAGCCUGAUGAUACCUACCGGCUAACCCUUGUGAAUCCCGGACAGGGCAAAGAGUAUCACAAGGCCUCUGUGCAGGGCCAUCCCAAGGUAAAGUACCAGACAUCCAUGGUUUUUGAGGGAAUAUGCUGUGAAAAGGCUGAGGACGAUGCAUUUUGGCUAUCACUUUUCUCUGCAGUCCCUACUGUAGGGCAGAAGUCAGAGUGGCAUCUUCUAUACGAUCUAUUUCUGCCUUUUCUGUUGGGCCCUAUGGGGCAGACCAGAAUGCUCGAGGAUGCACUUCAUGAUUCUAGAGAUCAAGAUUGGCGAAGCCCCCAACAUGGAAGCGGAUGCUGGAAGGUCAUCAUGCACGGGCUUCGGCAACUACUCCGUUCAAGUUCGGUUUCGGUGACCGACGCGAAGCUAUUCCAAUGGAGAUUGCGACAGCAGUUCUUUCGAGCGUCGCUGGAAGAUGCGGAUGCAGUUCCAAGAAUCAGCUACAGUCAAAGGACAUGCCUCCGCAUUGCAGCCUCGCAACUUGGAUUGUCAGCUGCGAAGCUGGAUGUUCGUAGAGUUGCCGAACACGGAUCAGAGUUGCUGAAAGAAGCAAAGCAACUCAUCCAACGAUCUGAUGAGGCACUGGCAGCAAAACCCGUCUUGUAUUCUGGGGAGCUGCCGCUAUCCGAGCUUCAGCUUGAUGUCUUGGCCUCACCAGCCCAAGAUGGUGCUACUGCACAUCCCAACCAGUCUUUACGCAUACCUCCUCAGAUCCCCCUAGAUCUCUUGUCUUUGCGCGAGCACGCAGAGACGAUUGAAGAAGCGAUUCAGAGCAUUUACACGGCCGAUGAGAUUUGUCGAACCCUGUCCGGGAUGCGUCAAUCUGGUCGUUGCAAGUUCGGUCACCUCUUCAUCGUGAACGUGUUGCAGCAGCUCUUCACCGAAAUCGUUCCUACUCCACUGGGACCAGCAUCGUCUGACAAAGACAAGAUUUGGUCCAACGCAGACUUCAGAUCUCCGCACCACUAUCUGACCAGACCCAUGAUCUCCGAUCUGCAGCAAGUUUUGCUCCGUCUUUGUUCGCAUUUUGCUGCCGCAGCAUACAGUAUUCUUUCCCUCUAG